GUCUGUCUUGAACUGCAGUCGGACGAGUUUUCUUGAAGCGCAGCAGGCUCACUGGGGCUCUCAAUGGAAAUAUCUCUGAAAACAAAACAGUAAGGCGUCUAACUUCAUCAUUCCCGGCAGUUUAUGCGGAUGAAACUUUCCACAACAUAAGAAACGAUGGCUCUGCGAGCUUGUGGGUUUAUAGUGUUUCGUCGCCUCGCCGGCCUCAACCCCCCUCCGGGGAAUAUCGAGUAUCUCCUCUUGCAGACUUCCUACGGGCAGCACCACUGGACCCCACCCAAAGGUCACGUUGACCCAGGUGAGGAUGACCUCACCACGGCUCUAAGGGAGACCAAGGAGGAAGCAGGGUUGGGGGCGGAGCAUCUGAAGGUUAUAGACGGCUUCGUGCAGGAGCUGCGCUACGAGGUUCGCGGCAGACCCAAAGAGGUGCUGUACUGGCUGGCCGAGCUGAGAAACCCGGAGGCGGCGGUGACGCUGUCCGACGAGCACCGGGACUACCGCUGGGUCCCACUGGAGGAGGCCUGCAGCCUGGCGGGCUACAAAGACCUGCAGGAGACGCUGAGGGCCGCUCAGAGACACUUGGAGGCGCAGCGGGACUAAAACUGAGGAAAGAUCAUUCAGAUAAAGUUUGCGUAGGGUUUAAGUUAAAUAUUCUUCUCCCUCUGCAUCCAUAGAUUCUGCACUUCAAUCUACCGAGAAGUGGAAAGGAAAUGAGUAAAUAUAAAACGCAGUUUUCAAAUGGUGAUUUCAUGCAUCUUUGAACUAAAUGAACAGCUGCGAUGACACAAUUCAAGUGACCGGCAAUGAGUUUUAAAGUUAGCUUUUCUUUCUUUUAAUAAGUGAAACUAUCAUAAAAAAAUAUUUUUAUGUUUACUGUUACAAUCAUCUCUUAAUAAUCUGGAACAAAAACUUAUAUGACCUGACCUGUAAUGGGCAGCGACUUCUUACGCCGUAUCUACAAAUCUGGGUUGCCUUGGAAACACGUUUAUGUGUAUGUGAUGGUAUACUUUAUGUACAGGUAGUUAAAUUGGAUUUAGUCACAUGAGGAUCCAUAAGUAAAAACAUUUUAAUGAAAGAAGAAACUCAACCUUUGAGAGAAAAAAAAAUUAUUAUAAAAUUAUUGUCAGUUGUAAACAUUUGAUUGUACCACAAGGGGGAGACAAACACAACGCCACGAAGCUUAAAGAAUAUUUCACCUUGUUGACAAUUAAAAAAUUAAUGUUGCACAGCAGAUAAGCAGGCAGCUUCAUUACUGUGAACAUAUAACAUGUAAGAAAUAGUGGCCUUAUUGAAAGGAAGUGUGUUUUUAUUUCACAUAGGUGUUUCAUCUAAUCAAAAACAAAGAUCUUUUGCGUGUGUAAUGAGAAGGAAAAUAUUCUCAAGAUGCCACUGAUGAGGAUAGCCAUGACCCGAAUGACUGAAAAUACACACUAAACGAGUGGAAUGUUGCUAAUGGUUUAAUAAAAACAACAACAUUGGGAUAGCAUUGAACCUGUUUGCCAAUUUUGUUAUGAAACUGAGUUGUGUAAGCUAGGUCAUCAAUAUAUUUCUAUGUGUUUUCUCUAUUUGAAUCGAUGUGCCAGCUUCAAAUACAGGUUCCUACAAGUUUGUUUUCGAGUGAAUCUUCAAGCAUUUUCUCCAGUAUUUUUGAUCAUAUUCUGAUAUUUUUGGGACAAAAUAUUUACCUCAUUUAUUUUUAUAAUCCUGUUCUAAAUAAGUUAUGAAACCACAACAUACUGCUGCGUGGUAAAAUCAUCUGGACAAACUUAGAUUAGUCUCUCUUCAAAAUGUAGAGUAUUUAAAGACUUCUGGAGAAGUAUAUGUUUAAUUGUACAUUAGAAAUUUAUUUAAAUC